AUGCUCCGAGUUGUUGUAUGCUCUGUCCGUAAUCCAGAUACCCUGCUGGCGUUAACUCAGGAUAUGAUUCAGGACCGUGACUCUAUGACCAAGGAUCGAGAACGAGUGUUCACAACUCGGCGCUGUCGAGAGUCUAUUUCCCGCGCCUGGGAAGCAAACAGACGGCACGUUGCAGCAAUCUCGAAUUCUCGGGCUGGUAUAGACUAUGGAGCUCGGAAGGAAGUUACGUUUUGCCUGGGAACCAUCUUGAAAGAAUGGAGCGAGGGCCAUUUUGAUCCGGACCGGCAUCCCCACACUGGUCCGCGAACCCACAUUGUACCGGCGGCCGGCGCUGACUCGGAUGAGCAUUGCCCUUUUUGGAUUGUGCCCACCAAAGACAUGAAUGAUCUCAUCUUCACGCAGGCGGCGCGGCUUAUUCUUCCGCUAGAUCACUUGUUUCUGGAAGCAAAACUCAUCAGCAACGACGAAACAUCUCUCUGCAACACUGGAGAGCAGUUUGUCCGGCGGCUAUUUGCCCUUUACACUGCCCAGCUCCUCUGCAGGUUGCUUAUCUAUACUUUCAGCAGUGAAAGAGAGCUAAAUUACGACAAGUGGAUCUGGUAUCCUACCUGGCGAGUAAAGAAGACCGACGGGUUGAUUGUCGAAAGGUGCGGCCUUGGGCUGGACGAGCAAAUAGACACAUCAGGAAUGCUGUGGCUACCUCAUGAAACGAUCGAUUGGCGACGUGGGCAUAUCGCCCUUGAAAAUUUAAUUGAACUGUACAUCCCAAGGAGUCCCCUGCAAGCGAGGCUUACGUCUCAGACGAACAUCCAAGGCUUGACCACUACCCAGCUGACCGUUGAAUAUGUCCUCCAGGAAUGGGUUCAGGAAGCCAAACGGGCGUUCAAAGAGCGCCGGGAUAAGAAGGGCAAUGAACUAGCUGAACGCGUCAUUCGGCUAUCUGCUGAAGAAAUUGCGCGUGAAUACAACCGACAUCUCCUGGCUAAGAUGCAAGCGUAUUGGGAUCGCGUGCGGAGCAGCAUCGGUCGAGAUCUACUGCCAGCUCUUACGCGACUGCAAGAGGCGCAAGAGAAUGUGGUGGCGGAGAGGAGCCGGAUCGUCACGGCCCAGACAAUAUGGGAGAUCUACCAGGACGCUUGGGCUGUUUACGCCAAAGUUGUUCCUGACGAAGAUGAUGAUAACACGCACAUGCCAAUGGAGCUCCCAUGUUGGAUGACCACCCGCAAGUAUCAACCGCCGAAACAUAAUUGGACGGAUUUCUUGGAUCGUGAGGUUUUUUUUCGACCUGCAAAACCAAAAUGGAACAAGAUUUAUUUCCUUAAAGUUUUAAGGACAUUUAGGAGAAUAUGGUGCCCUAUCAAGGCUUAUGCGGGGCGAUUUGAGCAGCACAUUAAACCUUUUCUCGGUCGCUCUGUAAUGGUGACCUUCAAUUGCAACCAAGCGAAAGAAGUUGGUACAAGUCGCACGCCUCGGACAUGGUACCAUGGAAAGCCAAGUUUUUUCCAGAUGCAGUACUGGGCGCCGUACUUCUCGCCGCCCGAAGAUAACCGUGACUUGCGCGUGGAGUCGGGCCCAAACUGGGGUAACGAGGAUCAGCUAGACUACAUCGUACCGUGGCAGCUGGGAACGGCAGAUGCAUUCCGAGUUCCACUACCACCAGCAGUUGUCGCUAAGGCCGGAUCCGACUCUCUUUUGAGUACGCCGACGAUUUUGCUACCCACGAGAGAUGCCGUGGUGAGUUUGUUGAGAAAAAUAAGGUCCUGUCCAGGUCUCACGGAAGGAGUCAAGAAGCGGCUUAAGUGGGCGAGGCGCCGGCUUGACAAUGACGGACACCAGUACGCCAUUCCCAGUCAUUUAGAAGCUAAAGCCGAAGCAGCGGAAUUAACAACCCAGUCUCCAUCACUCUUACGACAGUUUUUGGCACAAACAGAGCCUCCAGAAAGGCAAAUUUUUGCUGAGGAUAUAGAUGAAGCGGAAACAGGCUCACAGCUGUUUGUCAGGGAGGACAGCCAAUCUGAGCCAGAGCCUGAGUCUGGAGUUGAGUCUGAAACUAACAGCUUAGAGCCAUGGGAUGAACUCGCAGGGACUGUUGACACAUAA